UCUCCUCGACAACUCGGCUAUGGCCUCGGCGUGCCGGCACGCGUCACACCUCGCGGCCCUUUGUAAUGACAGGGUUAUUAAGCCGGUUUAAACACAUCACUAUCGAAAGUGGCGGGCCGACGUGCUGUGAAACGAAAUAAAUAUAAACUGUUUUAUGACUGACGAUUAUAAACAUUGGGACAUAUGAUUUCAGAGCGGGAGAUUCGUUUGUGUCUAAAUAAGAUGAAUUUACAAAUGAAGUGAACAAAGGAUUUUAAUUAGAAGAAAUGGUGAUAAAUAAAGUGAUGUAGCGAGCACGUCACAAUGGAUCAGUGGGUGACGGCGGCGAGUUCGCUUUUGGCGUUCCUGCUGUACUACAACACGCUGGAUGCCGGAUUUGUUUACGAUGACAGGCGGGCCAUUCUCUCCAACCCGGAUGUCAUCGGGCACACUCCGAUAAAGUCUUUGUUCGAAAACGACUUUUGGGGAACGCCGCUCACCGAUCCGGGAUCUCAUGGCUCUUAUAGGCCAUUGUGUGUCGCAACAUAUCGCCUUAACUACGCCUUUAGUGGCUUUAAGCCAUGGAGCUAUCACUUCCUCAAUAUCCUUUUUCAUUCCACGGCAACAGCACUCGUAGUAAUAACGGCAAAACGCUUGUUACCAUCGUAUUGUAUGAGAGUCGGAACGGUUGUCGCCGGGUUGACCUUCGCAGCACAUCCCAUACACACAGAGGCUGUAGCGGGAGUUGUAGGACGAGCAGAUUUAGCCGCGUGCAACUUUUUUCUACUGAGCUUUCUUCUCUACACGGAACAUUUGAGGAUCAGAAAUGAGAGCCAUCGGCGGAACUGUCGGCACAACUACAAACAAAUCGUCCGACCUUUUGAAACCGUAGAUCAAAAUUUUCGAUUAAGUUGUCAUGGACUGGUACAACACAUAUUGAUGAAUGUGAGAAAAUUGCUGAAAGCGAGCAAAUCUGGACCAUUGAAAGUGUUGAAUGUGUGUGAAGUUCACGUUGAAUCAGUGCAGCUUAAUAAGUGUCAUUGCAACGGUUGUGCCAGUGAAGAUACUAGUGAAUUGUUGCAAUGGUGUACUUUAGUGGGAACACUUUUAUUCGCGACAGCUGCGACGCUGUGCAAGGAGCCAGCUGUAAUGGUUGUGCCUCUAUGUAUUAUAUAUGACUUUUUAAAAGACAUUCGACAGGAAGAGCCGUAUUUAAAGUAUCGGUGGCGUAGCAUCUGCGCUCUGGCCACGGGCGGACUCACAUUAUUAUACUGGCGAUUACGAAUCGCCGGUGCUCCAUCAGGAUUCGCCGCCGCCGACAAUCCAACAUCGCGCGAUGCUUCCUUUUUUACUAGACUUUACACCUUCACUUACCUUCCAGUUUUCAAUUUUUUUCUCCUUUUAUACCCAUUUCAAUUGAGUUUCGACUGGUCCAUGGACGCCAUUCCACGAAUCACGUCCCUCUUCGAUAUCAGAAAUAUGUCAUCGUUAUUUUUCUACGCCGCAGUAUCUAAAGUAACGUGGAAAAUAUUCACGAGUGAAAUAAAGAGGCAACAAGAAAAGAAAGAAAAAUUUUAUAAAAAGCAAAAUAAGAAUAAGCAGAAAUGGAAUAAUAACUGCAAACACUACAGUAGGAGACAAGACUGCAGCGAAAGAAAGAGCAACAUGCCACAUAAAGAAAACGCGUCGUCGAAAAGAGCUUUGUGCCCGUGCAAUGGCUGUAAACACGCGCUCACGGAGGAGCACACAAACGUGUGUCGAGCCAUUAACAACAAUAAUAUUAUGCAUACCUCUUCAUGUGUAUGUCCGACUGUAUACGGCAAGACGAAGACUCAAAAUCAAAAUAAGUACCCGUAUCGCAGUCCCCAAAUAGCGAUGCUAUUAUUCACGGCAUUUAUGGUGCUCCCAUUCGUGCCAGCUAGUAAUAUUCUUUUCUACGUUGGCUUCGUAGUAGCUGAGCGUGUUUUGUAUAUUCCUAGUGUUGGUUUUUGCUUAUUGCUCGGCCUGGGUGCGGGCGCUUUGACAAGAACUUGGCGGCGUAAUGAAUUGCGAAGCCGUAUUUUUAUGUUCACGUUGUUAGUGACUUUAUGCGCCAUGUGUGGCUCUACGCUACGAAGAAAUUUAGAUUGGCGUGACGAAGAAAGUUUAUUUCGAAGCGCCUUACAUAUUAAUCCGCCUAAAGCUUACGGGAAUCUGGGCAGCGUUUUGUCUACACAGGGAAGAAUUGCAGAGGCUGAGGCUGCGUUUGAAAGAGCACUGAAAUAUAGACCAAAUAUGGCCGAUGUUCAUUAUAACUUAGGAAUUUUACAUCAGAAUCAAAGGAGAUACGGAGAAGCUAUCAAAAGUUUCGAGAGGGCAAUUUAUUUUCGACCUUCCAUGGCUUUGGCAUACGUGAAUCUCGGCACAUCACUGAUGGCGGACGGUAGAUUAGCGGAGGCCGCCAGCGCGCUCCGGGCCGGCGCCCGUGCGGAAGGGGUCCGCGUACGUGACCGGCGCGAACACGACGCGGCGCGCGUGUCCGCGUUAGUGCAGCUCGCUGCCUUACACUCGCAAAGGGGACAUUGGCACAAGGCGCUCACAUCCUACAAAGAGGCUUUACAAAUACUCCCCGUCACAAAUGCGCCCAUCGUCGGUUGGACGCGACACAACGUCCUAACAAUGGCGGGCGAUAUUUAUGUACAAUUGCAACAAUGGGCCCUGGCUGAGCACAGCGUUUUAUCUGCGUUAGCUCUCGCACCUGAUCACGCGGCUACGCACCUAAGCCUCGCUCAAAUUGUUGCUAGAAAUUCGAGCCGGAGUAUGGAAGCAGAAAUGUGGUUUAAAAAGGCAAUAACUUUAGCACCUCAUGACCCAUCGAUACGAGAUCAGUUUGGUAUGUUUCUAAGAUCACAACGCAGAUUACGCGAAUCAGCGGAACAAUUAGUGACAGCUGCUAGAUUAUCGCCAUCUGACAGUUCGCGGGCUGCGGCCGCGGCGCGUGCGCUACGAGACGCAAGGAAGUGCCGCUCGGCUGAACGCUGGUACGCUAAAGCUGUGGAACUUAGUCCUAAUGAUGCGGAACACCACUCGAACCUUGGCGCAAUUCUGCACCUCAAUGGGAAGUACAUCGCAGCCGCCACUUCAUACAGACGAGCUCUUCAACUGAAACCUAACGAUGAAAUCACUAUUACCAAUCUCAAGAGGGUUAGAACACUAAUGAGCAAUCAACGGAAUAAAUGAUCACGUCAAUUGCCAAAUAAGUUAUAUUAUUACGAAACGUUUUGUAUUGUACCAAUAUUGUACAGUCGCCAUUAAAGAUGUCAAGUGUGUUCUAAAUUAAAUGUAUACCAAUUACUUCGUUGAAUAUAUUAUUAUAAAUCAAACUUGGUGUGAUGUGAAACAAAUAGAAAUCGAUAAUCGAUUUUUCAUUACAAAAGUUCUUUUUAGUGGCGGCUGUACGACAGCGCAAUAUUAAUGGUUAUAACUACUUAUUUGAUUUAAUUUUUAUCAACUUCAAUACAGUAAUCAAUUAUUGGUUGACCCUUGUUAAUAUAAAAAUUUAAUUGAAGUACCCGAAGACUUACGAUUAUGAGACAUGUAAAAUUAGUUUAUUUGUUCUGAUAAUAUAUAACAUUAGUAAUAAACGGAAUAUCUAAGUACAUAAAAGGAUCAAUUAUAGUUAUAACAAUAAAUUGUAUUUGAAAAUAUGUAUAUGUUAUAAAAUUACGCGAGAAGUUUUAUUGGUUUUAGUGUUUCUAGAAAUCGAAAAAACAUCAACGACCAGAAUUUACUUUAUUUUUUUUCGAGUCGCCUUGUAUGUACCUUUUGCUGUUUAAAGGGAAAGAGAAAGUAACGUUUUCAUUCUACGCCUGAAUUCCACGUAAUCUAGAUAAAACAUUUUUUUUUUGUAUUCAUCCAUUUCGUUUAAGCUCUAAAAUACUUUGAAGUUUUUCUUUUGUUUUUUACCAUCUCGUAAUUAAGAGGGUUUAAAGCAUUCAUUUAGUGUAUUUACAGCACUCUUGUGUGAGAGUCUAGUCAGAAAUGAAAGUACAAAUGACGUGCUAAAUCUAUUUUGUUAAACCAACGAUGUAAAACAGUGUGAAAGUCUUAAUUUUGUUUGUUACAAUGACAAUUGAAACUAUUAUUAUUGAGUAUUAUUUUUCGCAUUAUUCUAAUCUUAGCAGUAAUCUUAUCUACCAUUGUCAGUUGUCACUGUAUUAUGUACCAGACUUUUAUGUUUCUUGAUUCAAGUCAUAAUAGGUAAUUUGAUUUCAUUUAUUACCAUUUUAUCUUUUCGUCACUAAGCAAUAAGCAUUAAGCAUAUUUCACUAAGCAUAAUAUAAUCUCUCGUCUCAUUAAUUUUAUUUUAAUAACGCUCCACCGUUAUGAAAUCUAUGAAAUUGUAAAUAUAGUAUAUAUUUAUCAUAAAUAUAAAGUAAUUUUUAUACGCAUUAAUAUUGUAUUAUAACAGUUAUUCCCAUGUGUUGAAUUACUGUCGGGAAUUAUUUUUUAAUUAAUUUGCUUUGUCUUCCAGUAUACUUUAAAAAAUAUUAAUAUAGUAUUUGUUAUCUCAAUAUGGAAGUUGUUAUGUCAUUUAAAAAGUAUUGUAUAUUCAUCUAUGACGUGGCAUUAUUAAAAAUAAUCAAUGAUAUAAAUGACUGAAUGGGUUUUAAAUUAUUAAAUAUUUUUGUAUUACUUUAAUGCCUUUGUUGUUAAUUAAUUAAUAUGAAUAUAUAAAUUGCUAGGUUGGCAGCAUUACUGUGUCUUAUAUUUGUUGUCAUCGAAGCACGUGAAGGUGAUUAAUUAGUUCAUAUUUUAUUUACUAUUAUAAAAUCUAACAUAUCUAUUUAAUAAGAAAAUAUCUCAUUCAUUGUUAUUUCGUGGUAAAAAUGUAAAAAGAAUUUGUAAAUAAUGUUUAAUAUAAAACUCAUGGCAGUCGUGUGUCAUACUAGGUUAUAUUAAUAAAAUAAUUCCCAGAUAUUUUUUGUCAUUUUCUUCUCAUUCUCAUACCUGUGACAAUAAAUGUAUAUUACGCUUUGUAGUAAUAGUUCAUAAUGCCAAAUUAAACGAUCAGUUUAUUUGUAUUUGAAUAAUUUACGUCAAUGUUUUAGGUUUGAAUCGUGGAAGCUUAAAGCUUUUCAUACAUUCGUUCCUUUUAAUGUUUUUGCACGAAUAUUUUAUAAACAUAAGUAACGUAGUACAUGAGAAUAUGGCUACGUGUAAAGACUGUAUUAUUUCAUAUAAGUUAUUUUAUUCAACGGCCUAAACUGCUCAUUUACUGAUAAACAUUAUUGUUUCCUAUAGUUUUAAUUACCAGAAUGGCAUUAUGCAUAUAUUAAUUAUCUUUUACAGCUAGUUAUGAAGUACAUACAUAAUUUUUUGAAUAAAAUAGCCAAAUACAGUCCUAUAGUAAGCAUACUAAGUAUCAAAUGUGCCUCUAUCUAUUGAAUCUCAACUAUUACUGUUCUUUCUGUAAUUUUCAGCGGCGAACUUAUCGAAAUUUAGGAUAUUGCCUGCCUUACUUUUAUUUUUAAAUCCAGAAAUUAAACUAUGGUAAAGUUACAAUGUGAAACGAUACAUUGAAAAUCAAACUGUUGUACCUUAUAUAACUACCUAUAGGCAAAAUAAUAACUGCCAAAAUCCUUUUACAUGUAUGAAAGAUUUAUGCACGUGAUAUUAAAUAGUUACACAAAUCAAAAUCUAUGGAUGAAUAUGUUAUGAAAAUUAAACAAAAGUGAAUUAACAAUUAAUUAUUUCAGGACACUGAUAUAAUAUAACAAUUAUUAGUCACAAACCAUAUAGAAAUAACAUAUUUCUUUACUUCAUAGCUUCAUACUACUACUUUAACUAUCUUAUUUAGAAAUAUAUCUAAUUACGAAUAAUUUAUCAAGGAAUUGUAACCACUAUUGUUUUUAUACUAGUUAUAUUUAUGGUGUUAUGCAAGUGAAACUGCAAAUUCCCAAAGUGAUAUUAUAUGUUGGUAAUUUUGUAAAUAAAAGCUUCAAUAUUUUA